AGUCAGCUCUCACAGGUGGUUCGCUGAUGUGCCAGAUGAGGUGUUGAUCAUUGUUGGUACUACGCUGUUGUUCCUGUCAGGCAGCUAUAGCUGUAUGUCAGAGUCUAGAUGAAGUUAGGCAGCUUCUGAGGGUAAAAUCAACAAGGAUUAAAAACCAGAAAAGGAGCCUCGAUUCAACUAGUGGGCUGAGAAAAACCAGGGAUGGGUACAAUCCCACAUGACCUCCGGAGGCUCUUGGAUGAUUGCGAGCUGUUUGUGACAGAGAUCCUUCAGGAUGAGAACCUAAGUGAAAAUGCCGAAGAGACGCGGCAGGUCCUGCUUAAUAACUUUAGGGUCGCCCAUAUCAGGAAUCCUCAUGAUUUCCCAUGCAGACCGGAAUACAGGGAAGAGGAGGGUUCUGAUGACAACCGCAGCUCCAGUCUGGGUCGUUCUGCCCCUUCAGACGACGCCUCCGUGUCAGACUACCAAGAUGAUGGAGUACCUGAGUAUUUUGGCGACAUCCCUUCAGUCGGAGCCCAGGAGCUCACCAACAUCUUAAAGCAAGGCUAUCUGGAAAAGAAACGAAAGGAUCACAGCUUCUUCGGCUCAGAGUGGCAGAAAAGGUGGUGCGUUUUGAACAACUCUGUUUUUUACUACUUCGGGAGUGAAAAAGAUAAACAGCAGAAAGGUUCAUUUUAUAUCGGUGACUACACUUUAAAGAUGGCCAACAUGAAAAAAGAAAAAAAAAACGCCUGUUUUGAGUUCACCGCUCCGGGACGACGGGCCUUCCAGUUUGCAGCCAGCAGCCCUCAAGACGCCCACGAGUGGGUGGCCCAGAUCAAUUUUGUUCUGAAAGAUCUCAGCUCCAACAUCAUCCCUGUUGAUGAGGAUGAGUGCGACGAGGAUGAGUACGAUGACAUCGAGGGCGUGGUCAGCCCACCACCUCUACCAAUGGGCCAGGCCUCGCAGGUCAGCAGGACGAUAGGAAGGCAAGAGACUCAGGAACCUGAAGAAGAUGAAGAUGACAUCUAUGAAAUGCUGCCAGAUGAAGAAUUGGCGGGGGUUGAGGCUGCAGAGAAGGACAACGAGCCAGCCUCCUCAUCAGAAUAUUCCAACUACUACCAGGGUUUGUGGGACUGCCCGGCCGACGAGGUGGACGAGCUGGAAUUUAGGAGAGGAGAUCUCAUCUACAUCAUUAGCAAGGAGUACAACAUCCACGGCUGGUGGGUCGGUGAACUGAACGGCACCGUGGGUAUCGUCCCCAAGGACUUUCUGCAGCCCGCCUACAUCCUUUGAGCUCCAACAGUGCUGUCAGUGACACAUCCACACAUAACCGCACUGACUGAUAACGACACAGUUUGUUCCCUCGAUGUCUGAUGUAAAGCCUUUGUGUUUCUGGGUGGUGGAAUGUACCGCUGCACAUCAUAAACCUUAUUUAUAUGUCUGCAAACUCCGGUUAUUUGAAAACUGGAACUUUCAUUUUGGAUAUAUUAACACCACAAAUAACUCAUGCAGACUGUUUACGUAGGAUGGCAUUCAGCAGGUAUCAGGAUGAGCUACACUUGGCUGAAGAUGUUUUUAUUUCUUUUCUUUAAGUAGAGAAUGGUUUGCAUGUUGAAUAACUGAAAUAAAGCACCACUGUUUAUUACAUUUAAA